AUGUCUCAUCGCUUCAAGAAACCAAAAUUCGACCCGACUCUCGCCUUAGAAGCCCAUUCAGCAAAUGCAGACGAGUCGCACGACACUACCCUACCUUCUGCGGACCUCCGGCAUUCCGUUCUGGGAAAUGUACCGUCGAACGCCAUUGAUGGGGAAGAGUCGACGCGAAAGCGCAAGCGCCCAAGGCAACCGCACGUCGCUCAAGAGCAGACCGGUCAGAGCGAUGUCGGCAGCACCUCAUACCUGGCCAGCUCCGAAGACAUUGUCAACGGGGUCUCCAUGCCGGUUGAACCAGAUUCGUAUCUGACCGCCCACUCGAUGACUGCUACUUUGAAUCCUUCCUUGCUCAAUUCCGAGGCGCUCGAUUUCCCACAAGCAUCUACUUCCUCUCUCGCUCUCACUUCUUCCAACUUCGAAAGUUUGCAUGAUGAGGAGGUUGAUGUUUUCUGGUCGAAUCUACUCGAGUCUGCCGAAACUUCACUUUGGGAAAGCACCGGCUUGGUCCAGACGGAACUGCGUACUCCCAGCCCUGCGCCCUUUAUCUACAUCCCAUCACCUACCACCGGUCCUCUCCCACACGAUAUUGGCAAGAUGAAGUACGUCCACCACUACCUCAACAUCGUCCUCCCUCUCCAAUAUCGCCUGCUCCCAAUCUCUGUAUCUAUGAGCGAGCUCGUGGCGCCUUUAGCUCUAAGGGCGUCCGAGGUCUUUGAGAGCGUGUCUUCGCUGGCAGCUCUGCAUAUGGUCUCGAGGCGGAACACCAACCGCACAGAUGUGACAGCUGCCGACUAUGCGUCUCGGCUCCUGGAAGUGCAUGAUGCGCAUGAGAGAGGUCCGAUGGAUUUGGGGAGCAUCAGCGAGAUCGAGAACGAGGACGCCCUCGUAGCAGUCUCUUCGCACCAGAAGUCUAUGGAACGGCUCCGCUUCCUCUCUCCACAAGAUCUGACUGCCCAAGAGACUAUCCUCUGCGCUUUUCGCCAUCUCAUACCAUCUCUUCUCUGGGGGGACGUCAAAGCGGCUACCCGAAGUCGUUUCAAUCAACCAGAGAUGUCUGUCGGCUGCUCUGUCCAUGUCGCACGAGUUUGCCGACGAUGCUGUCUCUCGUGUAACAUUACCCAAAAAGAGCCCGUGGUCGCGAUACCGUCCUCUGAUACAGCAUAUGAUUUGGAUCGAUAUCUCUGCGUCUGUCAACUCAGGAAAGUGUUCGCGUAUCCUACCGACCUAUCGCAGAAUACUCAGGUCCUUGCCGACAGACAUUAUAUCAGAAGUCUCGAAGCCGUUGCUGGAGAUGGACAAGAAAUAUCGGCGCUAGAAGAGUGGAAAGAGAACAAUGUGCGAGCUGGCUGCCUCUCAUAUAUCGAGCUAGUUGACAGGGCUGGCCGAAUCCGACAACUGCUGGAUGAGAGGACGUGGAGGGAGGACUUGCUUCAAAUGCCUGAUCAGAGCCGGGUGAAGAAGGGCGAGGAUGACAGGCUGGGGUCUGUUUUGAGAGACAUCUUUUUCGGUGCAGCGAAGGUGCUGCUGGCGGUAGCCAUCAACGGUCCUUUUCCUCGUGUACCCGAGGUAGCGCAAGCAGUCCAAGACACAUCAGAAGCUCUCAGCAGGCUCAACAUUGAACACUCGGACCCCAACAUGCACCGCGCUCUAGUCAUGCCGAUCACCAUCGCCGGCUGUCACUGCCAAACCGCUGCCCAGCAGGCCUUUUUCCGAUCAUCGUUUGAGUGCUUGAGUGUGGAGGCGAUGGCGUUUGGGAAUACGGGAUCUGCGUUGGAGCUGAUGAAGGAGGUUUGGAGAUUGCGUAUGGUGAGCAAGCCGGGUGAGGCGGUGUGUUGGCGGAGGACGAUGGUGAAGCUGGGGUGGGAGAAUGGGAUUUUAUUGAUCUGA